AAAUUAAAUUUAGUUUUACCCGAAUAACCUAUAAGCGUGAAUGAAAAUUACCAUAUCUGAAUUAGCUUUGGCAUUCAUUAUAAUAAUUAUAUUUUAAAUUAAUAUACAAUUUUACAUCCCAAAAUGUUGUUACGAUCAAUUCGAUUUACAAGUGAAAUAUUGCAACCAGGCAAGAUAGAAUUGUCUUUCAGUGCAGGAAUCAAGUACUUUCCUCCACCAAAAAAUUAUGAUGAUAUUGAAAUACCUGAACGGCAAAGGCUUCGAGUAUAUGAUAAAGUUCCUAUGUAUCCAUCAAACUUAAAACCUCCAAAAAUGCAAAAGAGGCUCAGGUACAUGAGGGGUCCAGAACAAGUGCAUACUACUUUGCAGCUUAAACAAUAUGGAGUUGUUGCGACAGGCGGAGGAAGGUUGCGAUUUGAGCACUUUGAAAUGGCGCGUUUAGUAGUAGCUCGUAAGUUGGAUCAGAAGAGAAUGUUUGCCAUCUGGAGAGUGGAUCCUCCAUGGCAGCCAGUCACAAAGAAAGGCCAAGGACAACGGAUGGGUGGAGGCAAGGGGGCCAUUGACCAUUACGUAACUCCUGUAAAGGAAGGCAGAGUCAUUUUGGAAGUUGGUGGAAAGUGUGAAUAUGCUGAGGUGUACCAAAUGUUGAAAAUAGUUGCCGAGCGAUUGCCCUUCGCGGCGAUACCAGUCUCGCAGGAGAUCAUGGAGCAGAGAGCAGAAAACGAGAAGUGGAAGGAGGAAAAUAAUCAAAAUUAUUACACGAUGAAGUACAUCAUACAGAACAAUAUGGGCGGUUGCCAUAAAAUGCUGUCGCCUUUUGACCACAAGUGGUACGGCAAAUAUUUGUAAUUUAGUAGUCAUUAGAUAUUUUACUAGUUGAAUAUAUAUGUGUUAUGUAAAUAGA